UACCAAACACUCGCUUGAUGACGACAUUUUCAUGCGCCGGAUAUGUCGACCACCAUCAGAAGAAGAUACUUAUGCUGAUGUGUUAUAAUAAAUCACACCGCCGACAAUGUUGUGAGUUUAUCAUUUGAUGCGGGAUAAUAUAAGAAGGCAGAGAGUCACAGGUCGAUGUCAAAGAAGACGCAGAGCAGGAAAUCAUCAGAGAGCGAAUGGCGCCCAAAGGGAAAGUCGGCACAAAGGGGAAGAAGCAGAUCUAUGAAGAGAACGAGGCGACGCUCAAGUUCUACACCAGAGUCAUCCUAGGAGCUAACGCUAUAUAUGCUGUAGUCAAUCUUUUGGUUUUCUACAGUUCCUCUUCCUUUUCGACAUGGCUGAUGCUUGGGUUCGCUCUAUCAGUGUAUAUGGGGAGUUACCGCUCCAUGACCUCCAUGGCCAAGGCUGCGUUUGCUGAGGAUGGAACUCUCCUGGACGGAGGAAUAGACUUAAACAUGGAGCAGGGGAUGGCCGAACACCUGAAGGACGUCAUCCUGCUCACAGCCAUAGUGCAGGUGCUCAGCACGCUCUCCUCUUAUUUCUGGUAUCUCUGGAUGCUGGCCCCGUUCCGAGCGCUCCACCUGCUCUGGACCAACUUCUUGGGCCCCUGGUUUAUGGCAGACAGCCCGUCGGCACCGGAGGAAGUGAACGAGAAGAAGCAGAGAAGACAAGAGCGCAGACAGAUGAAGAGAUUCUGAGGCUGCAGGGCAGACAGAGCAGUAUUUUUAUACACAGAAUCUAAUAUACAGAUAACGAGGAACUCAUAAGUUAUUCAGGAAGACAUUUCGUUAUUAAGUUAAACUCAAUCUGAAUCCAAUACUGUGGAAUCUUGUUUUCCAUGUUUGUUUUUUCUGAUUUAUCAUGAAAUCUAAUUUUCUCCCUCAACUAUUGAAUGAGAUGUUCUGUAUUUGAUAAUGUCACGGUCUAAAUGUCAUUAAUCCUCAUGCAGAGAUUUAAGAGUUUUGACCAAUGCACAAUCCCUUCUCACUGCCUCCUGCAGAUUCCCAUCAAACAGAGACGGGUCAAAAAACAGCUGAGUUUAUCCAUUUCUGUCUUGGAAUGUCUUUUAUUUUAAUUAUGUUUAAUUUUAUAAUGUUCCUUCAGUGGACCUUCCUGACUGACCUGAUUCUGUAUGUGAGCUAUUAAGUCUUAUAAAAUGAACACAAUGGAUAGAAGUUUUAAUAGAAAAAAAACGUUUUGCAAUAAAAAAUCUCCCUCCAGUCGGUGGAGUCGAUCAUCUUUUGUGUUU